AUGACUACUCCUUCCGCUGUAUCUAACAUAAACCACCUCAGUUAUAGCCGAAGCAACUUGGUCUAUCAAGUCGAUCUUUCAGAACCCACCAGGGAAGUCUACCAUGGCUCUCGUAAGCCAGAAACUGUGGCAAUGCCCGAGCAUACCAGUCACUUGAUUAUUCGAUUUUUCAAGCCGUUUGAUACUUUCAAUGAGGACCUGCGUGUCGAGAACAAAGUAGCCGCGAUGACGGUGGCUCGGUCAGCCCUAGCAGACUCAGCUCUACACACCAUCGUCCCGCAAGUCUACGCUUGGAACAGUGGCGAGAAUGAGCCAAGUGGACAGGCAUAG